CGCCACCUUCCCCGCCCGCCCGCCCGCCUCCCUCUUCCUCCUCCCCGUGACUCCUCCUGCGGUCCCUCCUCUGAUCCUCUCGCCCCGGUCAAACCCUAACGCACGCACCAAUCAAUCUCCAUCUCCUUCCCCUCCGAUGGCGGCGCUCUCCGUGCCCCUCCGCGCAUCCGCGGCGGUCUUGUCCUCGUCCGCCGCCGGAUCCCGCGCCGCCGCCGAUCCCGCCAAGGUGUCGUGCGUGAGGAGCACGGGCUCAUCCCAUUUUGGCUGCAGCUUCCCUUCCAUCGCUGCUUCCUCUUCGUCUGCAAGGAACAUCCAGCCACUUAGAGCGAUUGCUACGCAGGCGCCCCCUGUUGUCCCACAAUAUUCAAGUGGAGAGAAGACGAAGGUUGGCAUCAAUGGGUUUGGGCGGAUUGGGAGAUUGGUUUUGCGAAUUGCAACCAGUAGAGAUGAUAUUGAAGUAGUGGCUGUCAAUGAUCCUUUUGUUGAUGCUAAGUACAUGGCCUAUAUGUUCAAGUAUGACUCCACACAUGGUCCAUUUAAAGGAUCCAUUCAGGUUGUGGAUGAUUCAACCCUGGAGAUCAAUGGGAAGAAAAUCACAAUUACAAGCAAAAGAGAUCCUGCAGAGAUUCCUUGGGGUAACUUUGGAGCUGAUUAUGUUGUUGAAUCUUCUGGUAUUUUUACGACGAUCGAGAAAGCAUCGGUACACUUGAAGGGUGGUGCUAAGAAAGUGGUGAUAUCUGCUCCAUCAGCAGAUGCUCCCAUGUUUGUUGUUGGAGUAAAUGAGAACAGCUACGAUCCCAAGAUGAAUGUCGUUUCUAAUGCAAGUUGUACCACCAAUUGUCUUGCUCCUCUCGCCAAGGUUGUCCACGAAGAAUUUGGCAUUCUUGAGGGUCUCAUGACAACUGUUCACGCCACAACAGCCACUCAAAAGACUGUUGAUGGUCCUUCAAUGAAAGAUUGGAGAGGAGGACGUGGUGCUAGUCAAAACAUAAUUCCUAGCUCCACUGGUGCAGCAAAGGCUGUCGGUAAAGUCCUCCCUGAGCUAAACGGGAAGCUUACUGGCAUGGCUUUCCGAGUUCCAACACCAAAUGUCUCUGUUGUCGACUUGACUUGCCGGCUCGAGAAAAGUGCCUCCUAUGACGAUGUGAAAGCAGCCAUCAAGGCCGCAUCAGAGGGUGCUCUGAAAGGCAUCCUAGGCUACACAGAUGAGGAUGUGGUUUCCAAUGAUUUUGUUGGUGAUACAAGGUCAAGCAUAUUCGAUGCCAAUGCUGGCAUGGGCCUGAGCUCUUCCUUCAUGAAGCUCGUGUCAUGGUAUGACAAUGAGUGGGGCUACAGCAACCGAGUUCUUGAUUUGAUUGCCCACAUGGCUCUCGUCACUGCCAAGCACUGAUCUCUACUAGUCAUCUGGGAAGUUGCAAUUUUGAGGGUCCUCUCCCCCCCGCCCCCCCCCCCCCCCCCCCCCCCCCCCACCCACCCCCCUUUUUCUGGUAUUGGCCUUGUUGUGGCUUUGAACACAAGCAGAACUGGGAACUUGUAUCCAUGACUUGUUUGUAGCAGGAGAUGAAAUCUACUCCAUAGCGCUCUUAACAGGGGGGUGAAACUGUUGAGUCAAUCUCAUAUAUAUCGGUCAUUUCAUUUGUUGCUUUUAAAGAAAUUCCUCUUGUGUUCUGAUUAUGAUUUUCUUUCAUAAAAAUACGACUUAUAGAUGUUAAUUUGUAUUGAGUUAAAACAGGAUAAAGUGCACUCCCUCUGCCCCGAAAUAAGUGACAUGGAUUUCUAUAGGUUCUUAUACAAAUUCACGUCACUUAGGGACGGAGGGAGUAUCAAGGUUACGAUUAUGCUCCCUUGUAGCAA